GCACGGGCACUUUGACGAAAUGAAUCUUAUGUUGUUCAUUUUUUCUCACGCGUUUGCGUGAGCGAGACACGUUUUUUCGGCCUAAUGAUGUUUAUUUCGCGUCAGUUCGGAUCAGAUUCCAAGCGAAAAUCGUACAAAGAGUGGACGCGGUGAGGCGAUGCUGCGCACGUCAUCAGAAAGGGCCAGCAGCAUGGAUGGCAGGCGUGGACGCAGGCUGGGCUGUUUGUUUUGGUUGUUUUAGCUUUGGUUUUUCAUUUUUUCUCCUCAGGAUUCUCUCACCGUGUCGUAUGGUCCAGAGCAGACAGUCAGUCCAGUCAUGUGUCAGGUUGAUGAGGAGUACAGUGGACAUCUAGAGAGGAGGUCUGUGCCAGGGGUCUCUAAGACUUGUGUGAAGUGUAAAGAGAGCACUGCGGUGCUCAUCAUCCGACUGGGAGAUGCCUUUUGCAGGAGCUGCUUCAAGGAGUACUUUGUACACAAAUUUCGAGCCAUGUUGGGGAAGAAUCGUGUCAUCUUUCCUGGAGAGAAGGUGCUGCUGGCCGUUUCUGGUGGGCCAGCGUCCAGCUCCAUGUUAGCACAAGUUCAAGAGGGUUUGAGUCGGGACGCGCCCAAGAAGUUGCGAUUUGUGCCUGGCAUCAUCUACAUUGAUGAGGGUGGUGCCUGCGGUCAGAGUGCUGAAGAGAGGGAGAAGGCUGUAGCCCUGUUGGAGAACAUCUUAAGGAAGACAGGAUUCCCUUACUACAUAGUCCCCUUGGAGCAGGUCUUCGGUCUGCCUGACUCUGUGCUGGAGUCUGUGUCCUGUAGCCCAGAGGGGUCAGGCCUCAGCUAUAAAGCAGCAGUGGUUCAGUAUAUUCAGCAGAAUGAAGUAAAGCAGAGACACAGCGAGUCUGCAGGAGAGGAAGCCCAAGACGCGAUGGCCCGUCUCAGUGUCCACUCCCAGUACGGUCCUGAGCACAGACAGGCACUGGAGAGACUUUUCUCCUCCUUGAAGACUCUGACAGCCAAAGAGGACAUGCUGCAGACCCUGAGGCAGCACCUGAUCCUGCACACUGCCCGCGUCAGCGGCUACUCCAAGGUGAUGAUGGGGGACAGCUGUACGCGUCUGUCCAUCAAGCUGCUCAGUAACAUCUCUCUGGGACGAGGAGCAGCUCUGGCCGCUGAUACGGGUUUCUCUGACCCUCGCUAUGGUGAUGUGGUGAUUGUGCGGCCUAUGAGGGACUAUUCCUCCAAAGAGAUUGCCUUCUACAACAGGCUGUUUGGCGUGCAAUCUGUUUUCAUCCCAGGUCUGGACACCAAGGUUCCUGAUAAGGCGAGUAUCCAGCGACUGACUGAGAGUUUCAUCAUCAAACUGCAAGCCGACUUCCCCUCCACUGUCAGCACCAUCUACAGAACGAGCGAGAAGCUCCACACGGCCUGUCCUCCCCUGAACUCCAGCGCUGAACCUGCUGUCAAGUGCCUUCUCUGUCUGUGUGCUCUCGACACCAAAGCAGAUGAAGCCUCUGCCUUCCAAGCCAUUCUGCUGUCUGAGCGGCUGUCUGUGGGAAAGGCCCAAAGUGACCCACCCUCCUCGACCACAGCAGGGUCCCCAGGCCAGUCCUGCUGUCAGGAGAGUGGCUGUGGGGCUGGAGGUUGCUGCUCUACAUCCAGGGCAUCUGCAGACCUGAAAAGCCUCUUGUGUUACAGUUGUAGGCUGACUAUGAAAGACAUGACGGCAGUGGACUCCCUACCACAGUACAUUACGUUGGAGGCUGAAAAACGGCAGAGGAGGGCCCAGAUGAAGCAGGAGAUCAGCGAGUUCCUUCUGGAGGAUGCGGAUGAUGACCAAGAAUAGCUGGCCUGUUCAGAUGUCCAGCCAAACGUGGGUCACGUUUCAGGGGCACACUAUGAAUUGUUUGGACCUUUCGUUGCACAGCUCGGGCCCACUUUGUUCCUCCACUAGAAGCUGCUUAAACAAACCAUUUCUGUUAACAACAGCUUAAUUUUAUCCUUUUUUUAAUAGUUUUAAAGUGAAUAAAUUCCUUUCAGCUACUCCACAGCUCAGUGUUUUAUAACACAGCCACAACAAAGGCCUUUGUGUUGUAUGAAACAUAACAGGAAUCAUACGUAGAGGUGCAUUGAUUUUAAUAUGUACUGUUAUUUUGCAAAAUGUCAAUUGUCACGAAGAUUUUUCACAUCACAUUUGAUUUUCUGAAAAUAGACUUGUGAAAAUAUGAAUAAAUAGAAAGUUACAGGUCUUUCGAAAAGUA